CGUGGUACAAAAUGACACCAUAUGGGAUUGAUUUGGACGUUUUUACAGGUUUUGUUUAAUGUAAUGGAAAGCGAAAACCAAGAUUUAGAGACAGAUACACCUCCUCUGGACUGGAAAAGUUGCAAAUUGAUCAUAGACCCUGCAAUUACUAAAGGAUUAUACAAAGUCUGCCGCUUUGAUGGACAACAUUUCAACAUCCCCGUUGAGGAUUUAGGUCUUUUUCCUGUGGAGACCGUCAGAGAUCCCAGAGUCUGCCGUCUGUGGAGUAAACACAACAUAACUGAUCUACUGCUUCCUAAAUUCAAGAUUGAUGAGUGGUAUAUCGGGCCUGUCCCUCCCAAGGAAUUGACAUUUUGCAGGUUAAAUGAUAAUGUGAGAGAAACAUUUCUCACCAAUAUGUGCCAGAAAUAUGGUAAAGUGGAAGAAGUGGAAAUAUUUUACAAUCCAAACAACAAGAAACACCUGGGAGUUGCGAAGGUCAUCUUUGACUCGGUGAGAGCAGCAAAGAACGCAAUGGAGCACCUUCAUCAAACAUCCGUGAUGGGAAAUAUUAUACAUGUGGAAAUAGAUCCCAAAGGUCAGAAAAGAACGAAAUAUCUUCAGCUGUUGCUUAACGGCCUGUAUACUCCCUGGACGUUACCAUUGGGGAGCAGUGAGCGCGUUCUUCAAAGCUUAGUCGACACCCUGGUGCCCAGCGCUGCUGCUCAACAGUUAGGAGCUGCCUCCAGUCCUACCAGCAUCGCUACACCCCUCUCCUUGGACACAGCCUACUCCAGCAUUUGGCAAGACACUCCUUGCAGCUUUGGCCUAACACCACAAUCUCAGGGAACCCCCCGGACUCCCUCCUUUUCUGCGACUCCUCUCUCCCAGGACUCCUGCUACUCCAGCCUUCAGGCGACGCCUGUCCUCCAGGGGGAGCCAUCUAGCUUCAGCCUUCACAAACAUUUAAGACGAGCGCUCUGUCGUCAAAAACAGGCGAAGCAUCAGAGGGUAUCUAACCCAGCUUCAAAUGUCAGUUUCAUUUUAAAGUCUAACCACCUCCCCCUUCUGAAUCCAACUUUAAAUCAGCAACAAAUCAGUAACCAGCAGCUCACAAUGUGGAGCCACAACACCAGAUACUCUGCCUACAAGGAGCCUUCCUGUAGUCCCGUUUCCUCCUUUCAGGAGUCUGCAGACAUGGGUAGCUCUUCUUCUGUGACUUCACCUCACACCCGUGACCCUGUCGACGUCCACAGCAAUAGUUUCACAGCUGAUGGUCGACACGUCAGCAAUGAGGGUCACCCAGAGGUGGGGAGUUUGGACUCGCGCAUUGAACAUCUGCUGAUAAACAGUCAGAUUUCUGAAAGUUUAUAUUUUAAAUGCAAAACUCAAAAGCCUGAAGGAGACUCUCCAGACAGCCCUUCUUCACCUCAAUACACUCCUAAGGUUCCUCUCUCAGAUGAUUCCCCUUCUUGCUCCCCAUCACCUAGUGAAUCCUUUACCAGCGGCCAUCGCCGUCCAAAGGAUUUCAGUUCAUCGCUCCCCGAAAACGAGGAGGAUGAAACUAAUCAAGCUGUUUUGUUUCUUAAAGCAAACUCCCAGUCUCCCACAUCCUCUGAGCUGGAACAUUCAGAAAGCAGAGUGCAUCAAACACAUGAGGAAGAUGUCAACAUAACGCAGUGGAUUUCUUCCUCAAAGGAACAUUAUGCCGUGGACUCAAAUAUAACCAGGUGUCGACCUCUGCCACUUGUAGAAGACAGAUCAUCACUUCUUAAAUCUCCAUCUACCUCUGCCAUGUACACCAACAUUCCCAUAGCUCCUCCUCCAGAUCCAGUCAGAUGUUCUCAUCCUCCACAAGCCUCUUUUCCGACCCCCCCUUUCCUUCCACCUAUUCCUCCUGUCCCUCCCCGCCUGCCGAAUGGCACCAUCCCCAUCCCUCCUCCAGGCUGGAUCCCACCUCGGGGUAUCCCCAUCCCACCUCCCCCUAUCCCACCUCCUCCCUCCCUUCCUCCCCCACCAACUUUCUCGGUACCUCCUCCACCUUUACCUGGGUCACGACCUGUUCCUCCUCCUUUACCCAUAUACCCUGUAGCUGUACCACCUUUACUCAGAGGGGAACCUCCACGGCAUGGCAGUGCAUCUUUCCCAUUCCCUCGCCCGCCCUGGCUCGUCCCGCCUUUUCCCUCCUUUAAUCCCUUUGUGCCGCCACCAAACUUCACUCCUGUUCAGGAAAAGUGCUAUAAGGUAACCGUGGAAAAGGUUUUAGAAAUUCUUAUGGAGGAGUUGAAAUCUGUCAUUCGGAAAGACAUCAUGCGAAGAGCGAUUGAAGGAGUGGCUUUUAAGGCGUUUGAGGACUGGUGGGACUGCCAAGAAAAGAAAAAGAUGCAAGUUUCUCCAUUGAAAAGUGGAGCUCCAGCUGUUGAUGGAAGGAAAACACAAACAAAUCUUCACAGCGGUAUUAGCGAGAGGGGGAAAAAGCCUGCUCUGCCAUCGUUCAGAGUAAAACGAAAACGAUCAGAAGAAAUAGAAAACAAGUCAAAUUCCGCUCAUGAAAGCUGUGCUUUAAAGUUGCAGCAGGAGGAUAACAUUGAGAAAUCUGCAGCUGAGGGAGCCAAACGAAGACACGCUAGACCCUUAGAGCUGGACAGUGAUGAUGAAGACAGAUUACCAGUGAGCAGCACCUCAGAAGAAAGUGAUUACUCAUCGGACUCCUCUGACUCGUUUUCUUCAGAGAGGUUUGAUGACUCGUCUUCUGACCUCAGCUCUGAACAUGAGGACAUGGAGGAGGAGGAUAACAGCAGGGAAGAAUGCAUAGUGAUAUCGUCUGAUGAAGACUCACUGGAGCCAGAGCUUAGUGGGACCCCCACUGCUCCUCUAACUCCUGGAGCUAAGCUGGAUCUAGACUUGGAGGAGGCUUUAGAGUCCUUCCAUGCGGAUGAAGAAGAGGAGAACUAUACAGGCUGCCUCAAAGACAGCAGUGGUGUGGAUCUUCAGCACCAAGAACCUCCAGACAUAGAGCUCAUUUCAUCUUUAGGACUAGAAGUGGAGUCUGGUCCUGGAUGGAGCACAGAGUGUCUGGAGAUCCUAGACAACCUGAGGCCUCUCACCCCCACUGGCAGCUUGGUGGACAGUGACCCUGACAAUCUGAUAAAAAGCAAACCAGCAUCUCCAGCUCUGGAUGAGGAGGAGAGACCACCCACACCAGGGAAGGGGAUUGUUGCUGGACUGGUGAAUAUAGACUCAGACGAAGCCCAUGAAAUCAUUUCCCUCUCCCCUGCAAGUAGCAAUGUUUUUGUGGCUACCUCUGAUUUCCUACCCACCUCCUACCUGUACGAGGAGAAACCCAAAACUCCAGGGAGGGAGGAAAGCGGCGUAUGGAAUCUUCACAGCUCCAUUCCAGCAACGGCUGGUCACAUAGCAGAAACGUUUGAAGGAAACACAGUGUUUUCCCCUCUGUGCAGUCCCCCAGAUGUUCUACCACUUUCAAGCAAUCCGUAUAUCACCCCCCCUAAAACGCCGGGAAGAGACAUUUUCUUACCUCGAAGAGAUGUAGUCCAUAAGAGGAAAACAGAAACGCUCCCUCCUCUACCUCUGCUGCAUGACAGCCCUCUUAGUGUUUCUCCCAUCCCAUUGUCCUCUCCAUCCAGUCUCUCUGAAUCUUCAUUCAGCUUCGCAGAUGGAAACGAUGAAAGCAUAAGUUCAGGUGUGAGAAUGAAACCUUUGCAGGGACUUGAGAACACGCCUGGACUUUAUAACGACGACAAAGUUAUAUGGAGGAAAAAACUGAGGAGGAGCCUGAAGCGCAGAAAGAGGGCCCACCUUCAUCGAAGAUUAUUAAAAGGAGUGAACUGGUCGUGUUCCUUUCAGCAGCACUUUCUCAGGAGGCGUUCGUCAUGUGAGGAGUUUAAUAUCCUUCAUAAUAUCUGGAAGGAGGGUUUGGAUGAAGAGGAUGCCAGACAUCUUCAGAGUGUCUAUGAAAGGCUACAAGAGCAGGAUGACGGUGCUGGGUGGCUGAGUGAAACUAUCCCAGCAGAGAGCAGUGAAGAAAACCAGCCUGUCCACAGCACGGGUUCUGCUCGCAGUGAAGGUUUCUACAAAAUUAGCAGGAAGGAUAAAAUAAAGUACCUCAUUGGUGCAAAGCCUGCUGAUCUUCACCCUACAGGGACUCAGGGCUCAUGUAUCCCUGUCCAGCACCCCACAUCACUUCGUUCUGGAUCUGACUUCAGGUCCGAACAGCGCCGCCUGCUGUCCUCAUUCAGCUGUGACAGUGACCUGGUUAAAUUUAACCAGCUUAAGUUUCGAAAGAAGAAGAUUUAUUUCAGUCGGAGUCUGAUCCAUGAGUGGGGCCUGUUUGCCUUGGAGCCCAUAGCAGCAGAUGAGAUGGUGAUUGAGUAUGUGGGACAGCUCGUCAGACAGGUCAUUGCAGACAUGAGAGAGCAGAGAUAUGAAGAGGAGGGCAUCGGAAGCAGCUAUUUAUUCCGUGUUGAUCAGGACACCAUCAUUGAUGCCACAAAAUGUGGAAACUUAGCCAGGUUUAUCAACCACAGCUGCAACCCUAACUGUUACGCAAAGGUCAUCACAGUGGAGUCUCAGAAGAAGAUAGUGAUUUACUCCCGGCAGCCGAUAGGCGUCGAUGAAGAAAUCACCUACGACUACAAGUUUCCCAUCGAGGAAACAAAGAUUCCUUGUCUGUGUGGAGCGGAUACCUGCAGAGGAUCCCUGAACUGAUCUCUUAUUAGCUGAAAUCCUCUGUGGCCUUCAAUGCUCCCUAUCUGGAUCAUGUUUACAACUCAAAAUUGCUAUAAAAGCUGCAGACAGUUUGAGUUCGUACAGUGAAAUAUGACUUAAAAAUCUCUUUAGACAAUGGAAAAACAAAGAAAAACUGUUCGGACAUUGAUUUGUCUGUGCCGGCUCGGAGAAGCUUAUCUAAAACGAACCAUGUAUAAAAUCUUUCAAAAUACAUCAUGAAACUGCUGAAAAAAGUAAACAAGAACCAGAGAGCACAUGGAAAGUAUUUAAUUCAAGAGGAUGUACAAAGAUAUACAUUUCUAGACUCAGAACAUUUAAAUGUCUGCUAAGCUCAGAGUUGAAAUGAUAGUUGAAUGUUUUCAUUUACGAGAGCUUUAAUGGUGUUUGGCUUGAGUCAAGCCUGUACUGUACAUAUUUAGUAGAAAUAGGAAUCCACUUUAGAGCCCUUCACUCUUUAUUUUUUAAUGAAUGCUUUGGGAGAUUUGCCAAGUAGGAUUUUCUCAACAUCAAAAUGGAUUAUAGCAUUUAAAUGUUUUUAUUAAAUGUAAAGGAAAAAAGAAAUAAAGAAGCUGAGAAAUACUUACAUGGUGCUAUGUGCAUUUUAUUAUUAAAGUUGGAUGCAGUAAAUCAAUGAGAACCUGAGCAGUUUUUAACCUUAACAAUGAAUAAAUCUUGAGUUUUAAAAGUCAUAAAGAGGAAGAAAAAAAAAGGUUUUGCUUCACAUGAUCUCUGUAUUUCCAUUUGGUGUCAGGAUGGUGAGAUUUCCUCGAGCCCGCUGGUCCGCUUCAAUAGCUUCAAAAAGAGACUUGAAGUUUCCUGCACCAAAGCCCUGUGAAUAUAAAAUCAACAAGAGAUAAGUAUUUGGUAAACAGAAAAUC